AUUUAACUCUAGUACAAAAUCAGCGCUGAUCGUGAGGUUCAGCUGUGCUAGGGGCUUGCCUCCAGAACACGAUUCGUUUUCUCGGAUUCGCGUCAAGUCCCGCAUGCGUAGAAGGUGGCUUAUGUCUAGUGCCUAGACUCCGAAUCCAAAUGGGUCGUCGUCCAGAAAAGAGAGACCGCCGCUACCAAUGCGGAGAGACGUGAGUGCACUGGCGCGGGAGAGGAAGAAAGAGUGAGAAGGGAGCCGGGGCUGUGAACCUGGGGAGAAAGAGAAGAAAGACACACGGUCGGUCGGACGACGGACGGGAAGGCAUGACGCCAUGUUUUGAUGUCGUCAUCCCCCCCCAAACGCACUUCACUCCGCUCCGUUCCACUUGUGUUUUCCGUCGCGCGGCCGUGCUCUGAGCCGAGUAGUUUAUUUUCCGUGUCCUCUCCGCUAAUCGAAAUUGGAUGCGAUUCCCAAUUCUACGUAAUACCCGUGCGUUUGCACGCGCCAAGCGUUGCUCAUCAUCGUCCUUCUUGAUGUACGGGAAAGAAGUCGAGAAGCGGAGAGGCUCCGCGAGCGUCUUCUACGUGGUGUUGGUGUCCUAGUGCUCGCGCGCCAACGGGACUCUGGGCGGUUACGUCACGUACGAAGCAUUUUUACACGAUCAGCUUUACUCUACUAAAAUAAUGGAAUUACGGUUGCAUUCUCCGGCUGGAGCUGAGCCCAUUAUCUAUCAGUGGCCCCUUACCUCUGGGUCAGGAUCAGAUCGACAUGAUGGAGCUGUUGAUGUUGUGGAAACGAUGCGAUGGGUUUGCGAGGAUCUACCCGACUUGAAAAUUCCUCUGGAAAACAAUAUUCUUUGUAAUUAUGAUACGCAUAACUUUGAGAGCAUGAAAAAUUUAUGCGACAAAUUUAACAGAGCUAUCGAUAGUCGGGUUCAGUUGGAAAAAGGUACUAGUCUGCCAAUGCAAAGACUGAAUAAAAAACCGAGCAGAGGCUUGCUUCGUCAUAUACUUCAGCAGACGUAUAAUCAAGCGGUAGUGGAGCCAGACAAAUUAAAUCAGUAUGAACCCUUUUCGCCAGAAGUCUAUGGAGAAACGAGUUACGAACUUGUCUGCCAAAUGAUUGAUCAAAUUGAUGUUACCGACGACGACGUAUUUGUUGACCUAGGUUCUGGCGUUGGUCAGGUAGUUCUUCAAAUGGCUGCUGCUACCGCAUGUAAAAUUUGCAUUGGUGUUGAAAGAGCCGAUGUACCAUCGAAAUAUGCACAGAGCAUGGAGUAUAAUUUUCGCAAGUGGUUAAGCUGGUAUGGUAAGCGAUGCGGAGAGUAUCGGUUAGUUAAAGGAGACUUUCUUGCCGAUGAACACCGUGAGAGUAUAACAGGCGCCACAAUAGUUUUUGUAAACAAUUUUGCUUUUGGUCCGACGGUAGAUCACCAGUUAAAAGAGCGGUUCGCCGACUUAAGAGAUGGAGCACGGAUUGUUUCAUCAAAGUCUUUUUGUCCACUAAACUUUCGCAUUACCGACCGUAAUCUUAGUGAUAUAGGAACAAUUAUGCAUGUGUCAGAGAUGUCCCCCUUGAAAGGGUCUGUGUCAUGGACUGGUAAACCUGUGUCAUAUUAUCUCCAUGUUAUCGAUAGAACAAAACUAGAGAGAUACUUUCAUCGACUGAAGAAUAAUAAGACCGGGGCAAUUGACAUGGAACAAUCUGAUUCUGUGAUAAGUAUCACUGCCAGCAAUAGUAGUAGAACAUCGAGUAGAGGUGGUGAGAGGGCUGACAGAGCGAAAAGAGACCUUUCUAGGCAACUUGAUAGCCCUAAUCACUCUGAACAGUUAGGUACAAACAGCGAUUCUGACUUAGAAGAAAAUAGUAUAAAGAAUCGCCGACAGCCUUCUAAGCUUGGUAGAAAAUUAAAUCGAAAAGCCACCAAUGGAGUACCCAGGCCUCCGCCGAGAGGUCGACAAAGAGGCAGAGGCGUAAAGAAAACUAAACCCAAAAAGGCUAUCAAUAUUUCGGGAUUAGAUUUACUACACAGCCAAACUCUGCUUAGUACAUCGCCUCAAGCACUUGGAAAAAAACCACCUCCGGCACCCGGAUGUGUCGAUCAACACCUUUCUUCCCUUUCUCUUGCUCUUCAGCCACAUUCUACCUCUGUUCAUGAAGAACUCAGUAUACCUGCAGCCCCUUCUGCCACCCCUUAUGCUCUUCAAAUUCUUCUCGAUCUUUAUAGGGACCAAUUUAUGGCAAUGUUAGAAUCGAUGAGAACGCCAACGUAUCGAGUAUCGGUAAAUACAGACAUUGCGAAGGAACGAGAAAGAAAUUCAAAACUGCAAUCAAGAGCUGCUCAGCUUGAAAAACAGAUAAAAGUAUUGAUUGACGACAGCGUAGCAUUACUAAAAGCUAGGAUGACAGAAUUAGGAAUAAACGCUACAUCACCUGGUGAUUUGUUAGCUAAGGCCAAGGAGAUUGUCAUGAGACAUAAGCAAUUACAAGCCAAAGCGAGUAAGCUUCAAGCUCAAGUGUCAUCUAUGGAGGCUGAACAGUCUAGACUCACAGCUAUAAGGCAUCAGGAGUUGCAAGAGAAGUACAACAAUCACACCAACACCAAUAGCGUUUCCAAUCCACCACAAUCUCUCACGCAAGACUAUAUUUUGAAAGAAAUUUCAACCACAUUAUCACAGCGCAAGAGGCUGCAUUCCCAGGUGUCAAAACUUCAACAUGAAUUGAGUGUACUAGAGCGUGCGAGUAAUGAGAAACCAUCAGUACCGAUAAUUCAACAACAGCAGCGUGAAGUGGUUGGAUCGAAACAUCAACAAAAUCAGCACGAACCACUACAAAACAAGACUGCAUCAUCACGGAAAAGUAGAGAAGGACGAUCUAGGUCUCAGGAAUGGCCUGAUGUUCCUGAUAUAGCAAAGAUUCAGGAGAAUAAUCCUGAAAUUUUAGCCCAAAAAAUCUUAGAAACAGGGAGACAAAUAGAAGCUGGUAGAAUACCAAAUAGACCAAGUACAACUACAGCACCCACUGCCAGGGCAAGACUGCCUCAAGCUACUCUCAGCUUCUCUUCUCCCUCUGCUUCCAUGCAAUCUCAAGUUAAUGUCAGAGAAUCGUCAAACAAAGCCCAAGAACCUCCGAGAGUAGCUAAUUUUGAAGAUAGAUUAAAAAGUAUCAUUACAAGUGUUCUAAACGAGGAUCAGCAGAAUAGAAGUAAACAGUUACAGCUCCAAGUACAACAGAUGCAGCAGCAAGCUGAGCCAGAGAGAAAACGUGUUGCACUGCCACAGAAUGUGACUACUCCUGAUUAUACACAGGUUUCUCCGGCAAAGUUGGCACUUCGAAGACAUCUAUCUCAGGAGCGACUGUCCUCUCAUUUAACCACUUCAGAAAGAUCUGUGAUCGAUAGUCGGCAAUCUACACAUGACGGUCGAAUAGCAGGAGGACCAGGAGUAGGAAAUGGGGGUACAACCGGAGGAGGGGGGGGAGGGGGUGGAGGAGGAGGAGUAGGAGCGGGAGGUGGUGGCGGCGGUAACGGAGGGGCUGGUGGAGGAAUGCUCGGCACACGGACAAUUGGCGAUCUAGUGAGUGGUGAGAUUGAGCGAACACUUGAGAUAUCAAAUCAAACUAUCAUUAAUGCUGCGGUGGACAUGAGCGUUAUGGCCCGAGCAGAGGCAGUCUAUUCUCCAAUUAGCAGACCCGCAAGUGCCGAAGGUGAUGCGGGACUAGCAACUUUGGCACAUGUUGCCAGUUACGCUCCUAAUCCGACCCCAACAACUAGUUCUACUCCCAUUACUGCCACACGAUCAUCUGUACUAUACACCCCCACCACGCAACCUCAGAGGUAUACGCCCGUCCAGCUUCCUAGAGCGGAUAUCAAGCCUUACCAUGAGUCUUACUUUACUGACAAUCCAUCUCAAGUCCCCACACAGUCCCACCCUUCUAUCCCAAUCCAAUCGUCUCAAGCAGCCACCAAUGGAGAAUUGCUACCUGUGGAGGGGUUGGCUGCUUCUCUUCAUGCUCGGAUACUGAAUAACCACAAUACCACCACUAGUAGUGUUAAAAGUGAACCAACAGUUGUUAGUAGUCGAAGGUAUCAACCGUACCCACGUUACGCAAGUGGAAAUAGCAGUAGUAAUGGCAGCGCUGCACUGUCUCAGUCACAUUCAGUAGUAUCGAUCAAAACUGAAACACCAAUUUCAUCUGUAAGCACAAGCGGUGCGCCUCUGAGCCCGUUGGUGGAACCUCAUUCUAAUACGUCUACACCCCUGGUUGACGAACCACAAAUGACAACACAAAGGCAAAGAAAUGCAGCAGGGGAUGAUGAUGGAGAAGCUGACUGGCAGGACCGAAUCACCUCAGGGUUCGACCGAUUGGUUGCAUUUGCCUCCACUGAAUUGGACAAGCGUAGGAGGUCAACCGAAGGAGUAAAUACCAGCCCAGACAGCGGUUUGGGGUCCGACAGUACAGUUACUGGUCCCCCACCUAUAGUUCCCUCUCCUGACGAGGCUCUUGGCCCUCCCCGAACACCUUCACCAACAAGUCCACGUCCCCCAAAUCCUCCAACCAAUAGUAAUAGUUCUUCGGUCCCUCUUAAAUACCAGCGACAGCAACCCGAUCCUGAACGGCAUCACUUUAAAAAAAAGUUUUUCCACAGAGAUUGGAAUAAUUCAGGGGGGACAAGUAAGUUUCGCCCCAAAGGAAAAGACUGGGACUGGCAUAAUUCUGGGCAAUGGCCUCCUAAUGGUGAUCAGUCCUAACCCACCCCCUAUGAGCCCACCUGUUAUAACUGAAGUGCUUUCUACAAUAACAAUCCGUGAUCAAUUAUGCAGAUUUAGAUUGACUUCUUGAAAAUAUCCUACUUAAAAUCAACAGUGUCUGUUACAUUUUUGAAUUUUAGAUAAGGGUGAUCCUUAUUGGUAAAUGUCGGGCUGAACUUUGAAUUGGGUCUUUGUGUCAAAAUUUUUCUUGUGGUUUAAUUAAAUCAUUGUAUUUAGUAGACAAUAAUCAAAGUUUCCUACUGUUUCUAUGUUUAUUUUUUUUCCAAAUAGAUAAAUCACACAGAAGUUAUUAAGUGUUUUAGGUCUGUUGUGGCGUCACAUUGUUACAUAAUUUUCAAACUGCCUCAACUUCGUUAAUUUGGAAGAUAUUUAUAUAAAAAAAUAACUUCAAAAUGGAGUGUGAUAGUGAUCUAUCUUUAAUCCUUAUGUGGGACACCUCACGCGUAAGAAGUAUGAAACAAAUUUGGAUCAAUUUUACCCCAGUCUUAGUAAUCGUUGUCUACUUAAGAAAAUAUUUAAUCAAAUGUCUUGAAAAAAUUCUGAAGUACCUUCCAGAAAUUAGUUUUGCCGGCAGAUAGUAUAUUCCAAGAAAAGUUUAUUGCUAAUUGUAAAUAAAAUUAGCCAACUUUUAAAGGCCUCCAUAGACUGUUGAAUUUGGCAUGGAGUUGAUUUCACCACAGGGUGCCAUGUAAGGAUUAAUAUUUAGAUUCAAUAUCCCAUUAUCCAAGUGAGUUACUCUUACUUCCCAGGUCCAACGGUCAUCGAUGAGCAACUUUUUUUUUCAUUUUACCGUUUGCAUCGACAAAUGUCACUAUAUUUAUAGUUCCUAGUAUGUACAGAUCAAUGAAAAUUUAGUAAUUCCAAGAAAGCCCGAGAAUUUAAAAUUGCUCAACGAAAAUAGAAAUAUCACAGAACUUCAUUAUCAAUCAGAGGAAAAAUAAACCCUAUCCGCUCUCAGAAUGGAAAAUAGUUAUUUACCUUUGGCGAUGUCAUACAAGCUGAGAGUUUAGAAAUUUUGCC